AUGGCCAUGGCGGGGCUAGGGAGGCGACCGGGACACCAGGCAGGGUCAGCGCAGCUCGGAGUGGCCCCAGAGAGUCCGGGGGGCCCGGGCGCAGAGGUGACUGCGGGGGAAGAGCGCCAGGCCGGGUCGGGACUGGAGCCCGAGCUGGAGCCAGAGCCGGAGCCGGAGCCGGAGCCAGAACCCGAGCCCGAGCCGGAGCUGGAGGAGGGGCUGGCGAAGGAUGAGGAGCAGUUGGAGCCGCGGGGUCCCCGCCCCGCGCCACCGGUCCCGCCCCUGAGGGCCAGCCACGGGCUCAAGAAGAAGCCGGCCAAGGUGGAGGCUGAGCUGCAGCUGCAGCAUACUGAUUUGAGAAGGCCGCCCUUGAGAAAGGAAGACUCUGACGGAGCGCAGGGAGAACCCUCCCCAACAGCCAAACAGCACAAGAAGGCCAAGAAACGCAAAAGCCUUGGGGUGCCGCCCCCUUUAGCCGCUACCGCUGUGGUCCCCGGCCCGGCGGAAGCCCUCGGGCUGGAGAGGAAAGCUCAGCGCCUGAGACCAUUAUAUCAGUACAUCAACUACAGCAACCCUGAGCUGAACCAGGCUGGGGAGGGAGAAGCCGAGAUCCAAGUGGAACUGGGCUUGGUCCCAGACGAGGCAUCAGGAGGCCCAGAGGAGGCAGGAGCUGAGAGGCCACAGGCCUCACCCCUGGGAGGGGAGGGAGGAGAGGCGCCUGUGCCCAUUCUGAGCUUUACUCCGGGCAGCCAGCUGAAGGCCGAGGUGGACAAGUCGACUCAGGUGGAUAUUGACAAGAUGCUGAGCGUGUGUGCAGCUCACCUUGUUCCCCCACUUUCCCCCCAGUAUAAGUGACAGAACCUCAGCGGCCUGUCUGGCUCAGGCCAAUGCUCACAACGGGCGCUCAAUGCUCACAACGGGCGCUGCACAGGGUCACUUUGCUGAGAAACUUAUUGGUCAGAAGGACCCAAGGGGCUUUAUCAUGUCUCUACCUAAAUACCCUUAAGCCACUUUCUCCACUUGGUGGUAUUACUGGAUUAUAGCC